AUGAUGUGGAAAGACUUUCUCUCCACCUUCCAUGCUCACUUCCUGCCCAAGGGAUGGGAUUCGGCAGUCCUGACACAGCUGCUUCGCGCUUGCCAGAAGGAAGAUGAGAACUUCGAAGACUGGAUCCUCAGUGUCGAGAAGCUCAACACCACCCUCCAUGGUACCACCUCUCGCCUCGAUGACGCUCGACUCCGAGCCCAAAUCUCUGCUAACGUUUGUGAAGAUCUCCGCUUUGCCUGCGACGAUGAUGACAUCAAGAACAUCAUCUCAUUCAAAGACUGGAAAGACAAACUUUCCCAGCUCAACACUGUCCGGCUGCGCAAAUGCAUGCGCAUUCUCUGCAUCACAGGCGCGUCCAACCGCGGCAAACCCCCACUCUCGACCAUGACCAAAGGAGGCAUCUCUCGCCCCAAGGGUCCCAAGCUGUAA